AUGACCACCGACGAGGUCGCCAGUAUACAUAACGCUUCCGGAACAGAUAAGAAGGACUUCAAUGCAUCAAAUCCGGAAAAUUUCGCAGAGGAUCGAGAUCUUGAUACCGAAGAAAAAUACAGCAAUGGAGAGUCUUAUCAACCACCAGAGUUGCAGCGGAGGCUCAAAAGCCGACAUUUGCAGAUGAUCGCGAUGGGUGGUGCCAUAGGAACGGGCCUUUUCAUCGGUACCGGAACUGCAAUUGCUACUGCGGGUCCAGUGGGUGCCUUGAUUGCUUAUAUCUUCGUCGGAUCAAUUGUUUAUUCGGUUAUGACGGCCCUUGGUGAGGUCGUUACCUACCUACCUAUUCCAGGAGCCUUUGCAACAUACGCAAAUCGCAUUGUUGAUCCUAGUCUGGGCUUUGCAAUGGGUUGGAUUUAUUGGUUCUCGUGGGCUUCGACGUUUGCCCUUGAGUUGACGGCUACGGGCCUCAUAAUUCAGUUUUGGGAUGAAAGGAUUCCGAUGGCCGUCUUUAUCGCGGUUUUCUGGGUGGUUAUUAUCAUUCUAAAUAUGUUUCCCGUCAGCUGUUACGGUGAAAUUGAGUUUUGGCUCUCAAGCAUCAAGAUAAUCACCGUCGUCGGAUUCAUGAUAUUCGCCAUUUGCAUGAAUGCCGGAGUUGGCCGAGAAGGUUAUCUAGGUUUUAGAUACUGGGUUCACCCCGGUCCCUUCAUUCCUUAUUUGAUCGAGAACCCAAACCAAGACGCUUUGGCCAAGUUCGUCGGAUUCUGGGCUAUUCUCAUUAAGGCCGGAUUUUCCUAUCAAGGCACUGAGCUUGUCGGUAUUGCCGCAGGUGAAACCGCCAAUCCACGGAAGAAUGUGCCUUCCGCGAUUCGGAAAACCUUCUUCCGAAUUGUGUUUUUCUUUAUAUUCACGGUCUUCUUUGUCGGAAUUGUCGUACCGUCUGACGAUGAUCGUCUUACUUCGGAUAGCAGCAGUGCGGAUUCAAACUCGUCACCUUUCGUUAUCGCCGCACGACGAGCUGGUGUUAAUGCCUUACCAAGCAUUAUUAAUGCGGUUCUACUUACGGUAGUGCUUUCUGCUGCCAAUUCAAAUGUUUAUAGUGGCAGCCGAAUUCUAGUCGGGCUGGCUAACGAGGGUUUUGCUCCUCGCUUUUUCGCCAAAACAACUAAGCACGGUGUACCAUAUGCUAGUGUUGGCUUCACGGCUCUUUUCGGUCUAUUAGGCUUCCUCAACUUGUCGAAUACGGGAGCCACUGUUUUCAACUGGUUGAUGCAAAUUGCUGGCUUAGCUGGCUUUAUCACUUGGGCGUCGCUUAACAUUAUCCACCUGGCAUUUAUGAGAGCAUUGAAAGCGCGAGGCAUAUCACGCGACACCCUUCCCUAUAAGGCUACCUGGCAGCCAUUUUUCUCUUGGUAUGGCUUGUUCUUCAAUGUCCUUAUCAUUAUCACCCAAGGCUUUACUGCCUUUAUCCCAACAUUCAGCGUCACGGACUUUUUCAUCAACUACCUCAGUCUCAUAUUGUUUGCGGUACUAUACUUUGGCCACAAAAUUGCUUUCCGCACAGAAUUUGUGAAGCCAAUUGAGGCAAAUAUUGACACUGGUCGAUGUGAAGACUGA